GUUUGGCUCUUUCCGAUACUGAAGCAGUAUACUAUUGGUGCACGUUUGAGCUUCUUUACAGAGUCAAUUUUGGGUAUGGUUCAAACGAUGAAGGACAAAUCCAGAGAGCUCGAGUCACAAGGACGUAUUUUUUCAUCAAGGAGCACGGACGCAUUUGUACAUGCUUUGUGGUCGUUAUUACCUUCAUUUUGCAACUACGCUUCUGAUACUGCUGAAAGUUUCAACGAUCUAGAACAAGCCUUGUGCAGUGCCCUUCAGGAUGAACCUGAGAUUCGCGGAAUAAUAUGCUUGAGCUUGCAGAUUCUUGUUCAACAAAAUAAGAAAAUUGUUGGAGAAGUGAAUGAUCUGUCUGAUAGUGAAGUAGGUAGUGCCAGACACAGAGCUGUUGCUAAUUAUACCCCUCAGGUUACAGCAGACAACUUGAGCGUGCUCAAGUCAUCUGCUUGCAAGUUACUGCUUGUUCUAUCAGGUGUCUUCUUGAAUACCACAAAAGAUGAUGCGGGCUGUUUGCAGUCCACAAUUGGUGAGUUUGCUUCAAUAGCAGAUACAGAAGCUGUAUCAGCGCUUUUCCGAAGUACAAUGCUGAAGCUUUUAAUGGUUAUUAAAAGGGCUAGGAAAGCACAAAGUUAUAGAGAUUGUAAUUCCAAGCGGGCACAACUAUUUGACUUGACAGUUUCACUUUUACCUGGUUUAAAUGCUGAUGAGAUUAAUGUUCUUUUCGGAGUAAUAAAGAGUGCAUUACAGGAUGAUGAAGGUUUGAUACAAAAGAAGGCAUAUAAAGUUCUUUCAAUCAUUCUCAGGGACUGUGAUAGGUUUCUUUCAUCGAAUUCUUCGAAACUCAAGGAAUUGCCUGAAUCAUCGAAUUCAUCGAAGCUCAAGGAAUUGCCUGAAUCAUCAAAUUCAUCGAAGCUCAAGGAAUUGCCUGAAUCGUCAAAAUCAUCGAAGCUCGAUGAAUUGGUUGACAUUAUGAUUGAAGUGCAGCCCUGCCAUUCUUCAGCUAAACGGCACAGACUUGACUGCUUGUACCUCCUAGUAGCCCAUGUUUUAAAGAGCGACACAAAGCAGAGGCGGGAUGACAUUAUAAGAUUCCUGACAGAAAUAGUUCUUGCACUUAAAGAGGCUAACAAAAAGACAAGAAAUAGAGCUUAUGAUAUUCUUAUCCAAAUUGGGCAUGCUUAUGGUGAUGAGGAGAAAGGCGGGAAGAGAGAUGACCUGUUGGAAUUUUUUUACAUGGUAGCUGGGGGCCUAGCUGGUGAAACUCCUCAUAUGAUCAGUGCUGCAAUGAAGGCCUUAGCUCGGUUGGCUUAUGAGUUUUCUGAUCUUGUUUCAACCGCUAGCAAUUUGCUUCCGUCCACAUUUCUCCUCCUCCAGAGAAAGAACAAAGAAAUAAUUAAAGCUAAUUUAGGUUUGUUGAAGGUAUUAGUGGCCAAAUCACAAACCGAGGGGUUGCAAUUGCACUUGAAAAGCUUGGUGGAAGGCUUGCUGAAGUGGCAAGAUGCUACUAAAACCCACUUCAAAGCCAAGGUUAAGCUUCUUCUAGAAAUGCUAGUCAGGAAAUGUGGGCUUGAUGCUGUUAAGGCUGUGGUGCCUCAAGAACAUAUAAAACUACUUAACAACAUACGGAAGAUCAAGGAACGGAAAGAGUGGAAACUGGGUUCUAACUCGGAGGAAGCUAGAUCUCAAGUUUCCAAAGCAACUGCAUCCAGGCUGAGCAGGUGGAAUCAUACGAAAGUAUUUUCUGAUUUUGAUGAUGAAGAAACUGAGAAUAGUGAUACAGAUUAUAUGGAUGCCAAAACAGUUGCGGGCAGACGUGGCAAGGCUUCUUCCCAGCUAAAAUCCAAAGCAUCCUCAUUACGAAGAACAAAUAAGAACUUGCUUGAUCAACUAGAAGAUGAGCCACUUGACUUGCUUGACCGGCAGAGAACAAGGUCAGCGCUUAGAUCAUUUGAGAAUUUAAAGCGAAAAAUGGAGUGGGAUGAUGGGCCAGAGAUAGACUCUGAUGGGCGCUUAAUAAUUCGUGACGAAGCAGAAUCGUACAAGAAAAAGCCAUCCGAACCUGAUUCAGAUGCAAGAAGUGAAUCGGGCAGUUACUUGUCUGCAAACUCAAAGAAAACACAGAAGCGGAGGAAGACAUCGGAGUCAGGGUGGGCUACCACCGGCAAAGAGUACGGCAGCAAGAAGGCUGGUGGGGAUUUGAAGAGGAAGGACAAGCUCGAACCGUAUGCGUAUUGGCCACUUGAUCGGAAGAUGAUGAGCCGUAGGCCAGAGCAUAGGGCAACUGCAAGAAAAGGGAUAUCGAGUGUGGUGAAGAUGACAAAGAGGCUGGAAGGGAAGAGUGUCUCAAGUAUUCUCUCCACCAAAGGCUUGAAGUUUAAGAAUAAAAGUAGGGUUCAGAAGAAAGGAGGCAGCAAGAGGAAAAGUAGGUGAAGCACCACCACCAAAUACUUGGUUCCACACAUUUAUGAAAUGAAACUAGCGUGUUUUCAGUUUUUGAUUAUCAACCAAUCAUCGUUUUAUUUGGUUAUAUUAAUUUAAUGUUUUUAAUGUCGUUAUUUGAAUUUUUGACUAGUUUUUCAUGUGUUUUUAUUGUUGUAGAAUUGGUUUGGUAUAGGUUUAUUUUUAAGGUUAUAAUUGUACAAUAAUUUUACAUCUCAAAAUGUAAUAUUAUCUUGAAUUUGAACCUUUGAUAACGUGAUAUCGCAGAUACUCAUUAUGAA